AUGUCGUCCGCCCCAGAGCUUCAGCAGAAGAUUUUCAAGCAGAUGGGCCUGAGUGUUCCAGACUCUAAACCCCAAAGAGACGGACAAAGAAGGCCACGCCUACCACUUUCGCGAAAAGACCAACGAAAGGCGCAGCGGGUGCAGAAGAAAUCCCAUGUUUACGCAAGACCUACUCAACAACGACCACAGCCUGCCAAUAAUGCUCAGAGGAGACCGAGUGGACCGCAAAGCAAGCCACAAGCUCACAAACUCCAGUCAAGGCCUUCAAAGCAGAUCAGUGACGAUGAAGAUGAUCUCGAGGACGACGACAAAGAUGACGAAGAGGAUGACGAAGAUGUUUCGUUAGGCGAAGACGAGGAUAUGGACGAUUCGAUAGAUGGCGACGACGAUGAUGAUGAUGAUGAUGAUGAUGAUGAGGAGGAGGAGGAGGAGGAGGAGGAGGAGGAGGAGGAGGAGGAGAACACGAAAGCAAAAGCGAAAGGAAAGAGCGAGAAAAAGGGCGUUUCAAGAGCAGUGCAGGAGAGGCUUGAUCAGGAUGCUGCCGAGAUCGAGGCGUUUGAGAGAAAACUGGGGAUCAGAAAGGGUCGAAAAUCACUACCUCAGUCCUUCAAAGAGGACGGUCUCGGUGACCUCCUCGGCGAUUUAAGUGGUGAAGAGGACCUGAGCGACAACAAUAAUGACAGCAGCAAGAGGAAAAGCGAAUACGACAACUGGCUAGCAUCCAAACGACGAAAGACGACAGAACCUUUAAGUCAAUCGCAAAGGCGACAUGCGAACGGGGAUAUAGGAGACGAGUCCGAGGAUGAAGACGAGGAUCUGGACAUGGUGGACGAGGAUGAUGAAGAUGGUGGAGAUUUUGAUGAUGAGUCUUUUGGGGGGUUCGAUGACGACGCCGAUACCCCAAACAAUACACCAGCUCAACCACGACAAAGAGAGAACCCUUACGUUGCGCCCACUGCUGGAGUUACGGUUGCUAAAUACGUUCCUCCUUCAAUGCGCAAAUCUGCGAGCUCGGAAGAGGAGCGCAAGAGCCGAUUACGAAAACAAGUUCAGGGGUUGAUUAACCGUCUCACGGAUGCAAAUAUCUUGUCCAUUGUCAAGUCUUUCGAAGAGCUCUAUCAAAGCAAUGCUCGUGGCGACGUAACAGAUGUCAUCACCGAUGCCAUCAUGGCACAAAUCUGCAAGCCAGAGAGUCUACCUGAUCAGUUUUUCGUUCUUACAGGUGGAUUCGCCGCUGCCAUCUACCGAUUGAUUGGAUCAAGUUUUGGUUCAGUUCUAAUUCGUCGUAUUGUGGAAGAUUUUGGUGGCCAUUAUGAGCAAGCGAGCAAGGAGGUCAGCGCCGAGACAGCAAUUCAGAAGGAAGCUUCUAACAUCUUGACACUAUUGUCUCAACUUUACGUGUUCGAGGUUGUCACUUGCAAGAUUAUCUUCGACUAUAUGGAGAGGCUUCUUAGUGACUUGAAUGAGAUCAACGUGGAACUUCUUCUACGCAUAUGUCGUAUGGCAGGUCGAAUCCUCAAACAAGAUGACCAGCAAUCACUGAAGCACGUCUCUAGUGUUCUAAACCAAUCUCUUUCGAAAGUGGGCUACGCCAACAUCUCUGCCCGCACGAAGUUCAUUGUCGAGACUAUUACCGACCUCACAAAGGGAAAACGCAAGGCCCGAGGCUUGGAUUUCACUGUUGUGUCAGAGCAUGUACAGCGUAUGAAGAAACGCCUUGGUGAUCUUAAGGGCCAAUCACGACGACUCGACGGUCUUGCCCCUAUGGGUGUGGGCUUGAUCGAUAUUGAGGGAGCCGAGACACGAGGCAAGUGGUGGCUGGUAGGCGCCAGUGUCCCUACUACUCUUUUGGAUAAGAGCAAGAAAGCCCAUGCCUCUGAUUCUGAGAUGAGCGAUCAUGAAGACAUGGAUUUUGUUUUACCUGAUUAUCCACAAAAGGCUCGCGCACAGGGACUAAGCGGAACAGCACAGAUUGCCAUCUUCACAGCCUUGAUGACGGCGUCAAAUUUCGAGCACGCCUACAGACAAUUUGUCAACCUCAGACUCAAGAAGGAUGACCAGUUGGCCCUUGCUACUGUCCUGGUCCAGUGUGUAGGCAGCGAGAUGGAGUACAAUCCCUACUACGCUUUAGUGGGAGGCAAGGCCUGCUUGAUCAACAGCAGAAUCAGAUUUGCACUUCAGGAUCGACUGUGGAAGAUAUUCAGGAGUCUCGGAGAAUCCAUGUUUGGGGAGGCCCCUGAGGAGGAUGAGACAGCUGAUGCGGAACGUAUGAAAGACGAGAGACGGAUCACCAAUGUAGCCAAGUUCUACGCGGCCCUUGUUGCUGAUGGUACUCUGAACAUCACUGUUCUCAAACCUCUUGAGCUUCCUGAAACAAAUCACUGGACAUCAAUGUUCGUGCAGCUAUUUAUCAUUGCGCUCCUGAAGGAAUGUCGAAACAAGAAGGAGACACUCGAGGAAGAUUUGAAGCUGGAAAAAAUGUUCAGCGGAGCCCGAGAGCUACCGGGCCUGGCUGCCGGAAUACAUUGGAUGCUCCGGAAGAAGAUUCGGAAGACCAAGUUGAUUGGCGCCAAGGAGUUGAAGAAGCUGGACGGUGUUUGUGAAAAGACCCAGAUUCUUGUGCGGCCAACAGUGAUCGAAACAUAG